AUGGUUGUCUCUCGGGGGCUAAGAAACGGGUAUUUAAGGGGUCGUUGUGUCCUCAGAUCACGACAUCCAUCCCCCAUCUCAACACCCACUUUCAAACCCACCUCCACCAUGCAACUGCUCGCCAUCCUGACCACCUUUCCCCUAGCCGCCCUCGCGGUGGUGAAUGGCCGUUGUUCCGGCAGCGCCGCCACCGGCACCUGGGGACAAAGCGGCAUCUGCAUUUCGACCGGCACCUGCAACUCUUUCGGCGGUGUCUUCAAGAGCGGUGCUUGCCCUGGUGACGCGGCCGAUAUCAGAUGCUGCCUCAUCGGCCUGGAGGGGUCGACCAACAAGCCAUGCGGUGCUCCUCGAUCAUACUGCGACUGGGACGGACAUGCCUGCUGGGGGGUUACGCACAGCGGAAAAUGUCCCGGUCCGGCAAAUUAUAGGUGCUGCCAGAGUCUGUAA